AUGUUUAUUCCUUCUAUAAUUCGUUUUUGGUUAUUUCUAAUCGUUGUAAUACCAUCAAGUUUCUGUAUUCUAUUUAAUCUUUAUCAUUUUCUUGUUGAUAGAACACUUCGUCAAGGUCUUAAUAAUCAUGUUAUUAUAAUAAUUCUCAUAUUUGAUUUUCUUUAUAAUAUAUUUAAUAUAAUCUGGUUAACUUAUUUUUAUUAUAUGGGUGAUUCAUUAUCAUUAAGAUCUAGUUUUUGUCUUAUAUGGUUAUAUAUUGAUUAUACAGGAUAUUUAUUAUUAUUAUUACUUGCCGCUUGGGGAUCAAUUGAAAGACAUAUUCUUAUAUUUAAUAAAAAUAUUUUUUUAAGAAAAAAAAAACGUUUUCUUUUUCAUUAUUUUCCAAUAAUAAUAAUAAUAAUUUAUUCAUUUUUCUAUUGUAUCAUUAUAUAUUUUUUUCGUUCUUCUGUAAUUGCACCAGAUUAUGUGAAAUCUCGAUGUAAUCUUACUUAUUAUACAAAUGAUACAUCAUUGAUAGGAAUAUGGGAUAGUUUAAUAAAUAAUAUUUUGCCAACAUUAAUUAUUGUUAUAUUUAGUCUAACUCUUCUUCUUCGUGUAUGGUAUAGAAAAUAUCGAAUGCGUCAAAGAUUUCAUUGGAGAAAUUAUAAAAAAUUAACUAUACAAUCAUUAUCAAUAUCUAUAAUUUAUAUUAUUUUAUAUUUUCCAUCAAUUAUUCUUAAUCUUGCUUAUACAAUUGGUUUAUCAUCAAACAUUGGUGCUGAUUUAUAUUCAUCCACUUUAUAUUUAUCCUAUUUUGUUGGUUUAUUUAUUCCAUUUUUAUCUAUGGUUUCAUUACCAGAACUUCGAGCCAAAUUUAAAAAACUUUUUCGAUUUUAUCGACGAGCAACACCUAUUGUUGCUCCACAAAUCUUACCAAUGAAUCAUUUAGAUCAUCGUCGAAUUGUUGGAAAAACACAUUUGGCUAAAUAA